AUGAUAAUUGGGUCUAAAAGUAGAUCGUUCGGAUCUAGAUUGAUCACGUUCACUAGGUCUAAAACAAGCAGGGUGCUUCAGACAUUUGGGAAGGUAGAAUACGAUAUUAAAAGCAUAUUGGCUAAUUAUGAUCGUAUGCGAGAAUCGAUCGAGUUGAAAAGGUUGAAUAAAGGUACACUUAUUAGUGAACUCAACUUUAUACGGGACAACUAUCACGUUGCAACAGAACUUGGAAAGGAGCUUGGAGAAUUAAAGAAGAAACGUAGUGAGCUAAAUGAAAGAAUUCAGAGUGAUCCUACAACGUCUAAAGAUGAAGUCAAGAAAUUGAAGAUUGAGAUCCGAAGAGUGGAAAAGCAAAGGGCCAAUCUUUUGGAUACCUUUCAUAGUUCUGCUGAUAACUUUCCCACAUUGAUUGGUGAAACAGUCACUAAUCAGGAACAACUUGUGCAAUUAAUCAAUUGCGAGUCCGUGGAAGCAGUUGAAAAAGCCGCUGACCCGAAGGCACUCUCUCACAAGUUUAUAGGACAGCAAUUGGGAAUACUAGAUUUGGACACCGCCUCAAGGGUUUGUGGACAUGCUUUUUACUACCUCCUUGGAGACGGGGCACUCUUGGAACAGGCGUUAGUUCAAUAUGCUUUGGCUAAAGCUAGAAGCCGUGGUUAUAAGAUGGUGAUUCCUCCUUCCCUAGUGAGGGAAGAAGUAGUGGCAGCCUGUGGGUUCAAACCAAGGGAUAAAGGUGGUGAAAAUCAGAUCUAUUCUAUAAACAAGGAAGACUUGAACUUGACAGCAACUGCUGAGAUCUCUAUCGCUGCUUUGGAGCUGAAAAAGGUCUUCACUAAUCCAGAAGAACAGUUACCUUUGAAGUACGCCGGUGUAUCUAGAUCGUAUCGAGCUGAAGCGGGGGCUAGAGGUGCCACAACAGCUGGAAUCUAUAGAGUACAUGAAUUCACCAAGGUAGAAUUGUUCCAUUUCACCACGCCAGAAACUGCAUGGGAACAGUUGGAGGAAUUGAAAGAGUUCCAGGUGGAAGUUGUCAAGGAAUUGGGGCUCACCGCAAAGGUAUUGAAUAUGCCAGGUUCCGAUUUGGGCUUUCCAGCUGCCUCCAAGUAUGACAUAGAAUGCUGGAUGCCAGGAAGGAAAACCUGGGGUGAAGUCACCUCUUCCUCAUACUGUAGAGACUAUCAAGCGAGAAGAAUGAACAUUAAGUACAGGUCGGAGAACGGCCUUGCCUUUGUACACACAUUAAACGGAACGGCAAUGGCUGUGCCAAGAGUAAUUGUUGCCAUCAUUGAAAAUUACUGGGACCCAAAAACUGAAUCUAUUUUGAUUCCAGAAGUACUUAGACCAUACAUGGGAGGUAUUGAGAGAAUUUACAGACAGCAAUGA